AUGUCAGGGGCACAAGGAGCACAGCCGAAGGAGGCGAGAACGGCGACGGUGUAUGAGUCGGUGGUAGGAGGAGAGAACAGGACGAGGACGGACCUCCGUUCCAGCGAGGACCAAGGAAGCAUCCAGGUCGAAAAGUUGCAGGAGAAGGUUCCAGAUCCCGCCGGUAAAGGCGGACCUGUCUUCGGAGCCGGAAAAAGACGAAAACAAGCGGACCUUGGUGUUACCGGCACUGGCUAG